AUGGCGGCGGCGUCUCUCCAGUCCCUGCGCCUGCCGCACCAGAGGCAUAACCGCCACCGCCACUUCUCCUUCACCUUUCCCUCCUCCUCGUCCUCUCCCUCCUUGCUGAGGCAGAAGAAGGUCUUCUCCGGGAUUUCCUCCUCCUCGUCUUCCUCCGCCGCCGCCGCCUCGGUGACCACGCCGUCGGCGGCGACGCCCUCCACUUCGGGGCCGCCGUCGCUGGAGCUCCUCGCUCAGCACCUCGCGGCGGGGGACUUCCGCCAGGCUGACGACGUCACGCGCCGCCUGCUCAUCGUGCUCGCCGGCGAGCCCGCGCAGAAGAGGGGCUACGUCUUCUUCUCCGAGGUCCAAUUCAUCUCCGCCGAGGACCUGCAGGCCAUCGACCGCCUCUGGGGGGAGCACAGCGGCGGGAAAUACGGGUACAGCGUGCAGCGGCGGGUUUGGGAGAAGACGAGGAGGGACUUCACCCGGUUCUUCGUGAAGGUCGGGUGGAUGAAGAAGCUGGACACCGAUGUGGAGCAGUACAACUACCGCAGCUUCCCGGAGGAGUUCAUAUGGGGGCCCUAUGACGACGCGCCGGAGGGCCACCUCCCCCUCACCAACGCCCUCAGGGGGACGCAGCUCCUUGGCACCAUCCUCACCCACCCAGCCUUCGAGGGCGCCGCCGGGGAGGAUGACCUCGCGACCGGCGGAGGGGAACCCUCGCCGCCGGCGAAGGGCCUCGAGGAGACAAAGUCCGCCGGCGUUCGGAGGCUCUUCAAGACCGACUACUCCUUCUAA